GCGUGUUCCUCAACAUUGCCACCACGUCUAGAAGUCUUGUUGGAUGGCUACGUAAAAUUUCGUAAACAAGCCUGCGAGUCUGCCUUCAUAUUUUACCACCCACUUGCGGAUAUCACUGUUGCCAACCUGGAGAUGAUAGCUCGACCGAAUAAGGAUAUGCAGCCGGAAACCACGGAACUUCAAAGCAACGAGAGAUUGAGUAAACAACAAAUUAUAGUAAGGGCCGCGCGAUCAGUGCUCAGCUCAGUCAAACUUGAUGAGAAAGACGGUGAAUCAUAUGGUAAUAGGAAGUCGUUAACUAUCGCCGAAAUGUUUCCCGAAAUGAUCGAUUCAUUAAACACACUAAAGCGACGCGCAAGUCUUCGUAGUCUCUCAGGCAGGGACACAAUUACUGAUGACUCCAAGGAGACUGCUCAGAAGUUUGAUGAAUUAACGAAAAAUGAGGGAAAUGGUAUCAUGUCGGAAGAAGUAUUAAACCUAUUGUUCGAGUAUGAUGACCGACAGUCAAAUAGCGACACCAAAAGUUUUGACCGUAGACGGAGCACUAAGCUAGAGUCCAUAGGCGAAAUUUCCAUUCACGAGGAGAAAGACCAUAUAGAUGCGGCAAGUGGAGAAAGUGAUAAUAUGCUAGAAAGAAAUGAUUCUGGAUGCUCAAUGAGAAACACAAUGACUUGGUGUAAAUUUGAGAAACUUGGGUUUAGUGAACCACCAACGGAAACAGUAACGGUCCAGAAAGAUAAAGGUGAAGUGCACGAAAGUGAAAAUUGUAAGCGUAAAAACGCUAAACCGAUUGGAAAAGAGAGAAAAUUUCGUUUCCUGUGUGUCAAGCGACGCCCAAAGUCCGAAAACCCGUGCUCUUCUAUAAAAAUGGAGAACAUCGAUCGCGACGCAAUCGAUAACGAAGAUUGGGAAGAUUGGUAUAUAAUAGAACAAUUUCCUUAUUUUUUGGUAGAAGUAAACAAUGGCGAUACAGGACUAUUGGACGAGUGGGUGUUGGUUGAACCGAAGAAAGAACAGAUGAAUGACUAUGAAUGGAUUGUGAGUGAAAAGAAAAAACAAGUGAGAAGAAGUCUUAGCGUGCCAUGGAUAAAAUCGAAUCGUUAUAGUAGUGAAAAUAACAUAGAAAAGGAAACACGAAAAGUCGAGUUUUCUACUAGUGACAUGAUAGACGGCGUCUCAAUGACGCCUACCAAGCACCAAAGUAAGAAUCAAAAGUUUCCACAACAAUCAUUUGGUACUAUUACCACGGAGAUCACAUCUACACAAACUUCGUAUGUGAUAAGUAAACAAUUAUCACCACCGCACCCUACAAAGAUUCGACGAAGUAGAUCUUUUGCGCCAAGAGAUUAUAAACAUAUCGAGGAAACGAUAUCGGAUAGCGACAGUCAAUAUAGUCGCGCAAGCUAUGGCACCAAUAUGUCAUCAGAAAGUGAAGAAAACCGUGAAACUGAUGAUGUGUACCAACCGGACGAAAUAUACGAUAGCUACAUGAAUGAUCGAUAUAGCCGUUCCGUUGUCGAGAGUUUUAACAGCGAGAAAAAUGCAGAAAAUCGAGCAUCUUUUCUUAAGAUGAAUGAGUACCCGGUGACAAUUCAAAACCUCCCCUGGCCGCCGACAAAUUAUCCACCACCGCCUCAAGAUUAUUCUAAAUAUUAUCAAUCACGAACAAAUUCGUAUAUAACGCCAGAUGGUAGUGGUGGUGCAAAUUAUCC